AUGCGCCGGGCGGGCCAGCGUGCUCUCCUGGCUAGCUGGAUGUCCGGUUUGCGGGCGCUUCUGGGGCUCGGGCUGCUGGUUGCAGGCUCGCGCCUGUCACGCGUCAGAGUCCAGGCCGGCUCCUGUCGUGCAGGACCCACCUGGUGGGUGCCGCAGCGGCUGAUCUCGGGUGGCCGCGGGGACUCAGAAGUCAUGGCGAGUUCAGCAGUGAAAUACCUGAGCCAGGAGGAGGCCCAAGCCGUGGACCAGGAGCUGUUUAAUGAGUACCAGUUCAGCGUGGACCAACUUAUGGAGCUGGCCGGUCUGAGCUGUGCCACAGCCAUUGCCAAGGCAUAUCCCCCCACGUCCUUGUCCAGGAGCCCCCCUACCGUCCUGGUCAUCUGUGGCCCUGGGAAUAACGGAGGAGAUGGCCUGGUCUGUGCUCGACACCUCAAACUCUUUGGCUACCAGCCAACCAUCUAUUACCCUAAAAGGCCUAACAAGCCACUCUUCACCGCACUGGUGACGCAGUGCCAGAAAAUGGACAUCCCCUUCCUUGGUGAAAUGCCCUCAGAGCCGAUGCUGAUUGAUGAACUGUAUGAGCUGGUGGUGGAUGCCAUCUUUGGCUUCAGCUUCACGGGUGAGGUUCGGGAGCCAUUCCGCAGCAUCCUGAGCGUCCUGAAUGGACUCACUGUGCCCAUUGCCAGCAUCGACAUUCCCUCAGGAUGGGACGUGGAGAAGGGAAGCUCUGGAGGAAUCCAGCCAGACUUGCUCAUCUCCCUGACAGCACCCAAAAAGUCUGCAACCCAGUUUACUGGUCGUUACCACUACCUGGGGGGUCGCUUCGUGCCGCCUGCUCUGGAAAAGAAGUACCAGCUGAACCUACCACCCUACCCUGACACCGAAUGUGUCUAUCGUCUGCAGUGAGAGAAGGUGGGGGGCAUUCUUUUCAAUAAAGGCUUAGUCCCUCUCUCCCAGAACUGUGGAGUCCUGGGAGCUCUUCUGACAAUAACGGUUAAGCGAUGGUAUAGCCAGAGAGCAACUCUGGAGAGGUGGUGUGCUCUCUGUGGGAACAGUAUGCAAGAGAGGUUUCUAUGGCAUUUGGGGGCAAUGACAGUUGCCUUUCAGAUGCUGAAAAAGGCUCCCAGGUGAGGUGUGCGUCCUUUACACGCACACAGUUAUUAGGGAUGCAGACAGGGAGCUGGGUGAGGUUCUCUGAACUCUCUCCUUUCACUUAACAACAUAGCAAGACUACCAGAUGUUAACAGAAGGAACUUCUUCAGAGGCCUCUAAGGGAACUAAUUUGUAUUCAGGACCUUCCCGGGCUGAGAAUGGAGAUGACUGUCACAACUUAUCUACAGACUAGAAGACCAAGCUGAUGUUUAUUCAAUUUGGUAUAGUUAGAAACUGGCAAUCUAU